AUGCACCAAGGCCGUCUCUACUGUGUGACAAAGGGUUACUUCCAAGAGCACGUGGGGAUGAGAACAGAGCACGUGGGGAUGGGAGCAGGGCACGUGGGGAUGAGAACAGAGCACGUGGGGAUGGGAGCAGAGCACGUGGGGAUGAGAACAGAGCACGUGGGGAUGGGAGGAGGGCACGUGGGGAUGAGAACAGAGCACGUGGGGAUGGGAGGAGGGAACGUGGGGAUGAGAACAGAGCACGCGGGGAUGGGAGGAGGGCACGUGGGAAUGAGAACAGAGCACGUGGGGAUGGGGGGAGGGCACGUGGGGAUGAGAACAGAGCAUGUGGGGAUGGGAGGAGGGCACGUGGGAAUGAGAACAGAGCACGUGGGGAUGGGAGGAGGGCAUGUGGGGAUGAGAACAGAGCACGUGGGGAUGGGAGGAGGGCACGUGGGAAUGAGAACAGAGCACGUGGGGAUGGGAGGAGGGCACGUGGGGAUGAGAACAGAGCACGUGGGGAUGGGAGGAGGGCACGUGGGGAUGAGAGCAGAGCACGUGGGGAUGGGAGCAGGGGACGUGGGGAUGGGAGCAGGGCACGUGGGGAUGGGAGGAGGGUUAUGA